UUCUAAAAUUAACAUUAACAGCACUAAUGUGAUUCUAAAGUUGAGCUAGUGAGCUAAACACAAAGCUUGGUAAAUUCAAGUACACUGCUAAUUAAUUGCAUAUACUGACUGUAUGAUUUUUCUUGAGCUUCUCCUUUAGAAACUGAGACAUCUUACUACCUCUAAUUUGCUUGUAUGGAAAUUGCUUUUUGACUCCAUAACAUUUUGUUCCACCUCUCUGGAUCUUGUUUUAUAUCAGCUAUAUUUUGUGGCAAAGGAGACCAAAAUGAUACAGAAGGAGAAGCUGUAUUACCAUUUUACACAAAAGACCUCUAACCUUUUUAGGUAUUAUUUCCAAUCUUCUUCUCUACAGAGCUUUACAAAUUAUUCACUUCCUUUAACAGUCUGAAAUAGAAAGUUGAGCUGAAUUUGGCUUUCAAAGACCUCAUAAAAAAAAAUAUGUAAAGACUUUAUCAAAACAAGCCACUAUUAGGUGCUGAUUAGCUUAUGGUGAAAUAAGUUGAAAGACUUGAGCCCUAUUCCCUUACGAGAAAUUGACUUAAAGUGAGCUAUUUAUGUAAGGGCACUUAAAAAAUCCCAAAGCUCUGUAAUUUUGAGUGUCCAAUUUUUCUGAAUCUGAUUUUUCUGUGUCUCUAACAUUGAAACAAAAUCAAUAGAAGCUGAGAUGAUUCAACGGUUCUUAAAAAUGAGGCCUUUGGUAUCAAAAAUAGAAACAAUCAAAGUUAGAUCAAUCUUUGCAAACUGAAGUCUAAAUUUUUGGGAUCUAACCUUCCUGCGAUGUCACAAGAGUGUCAUAGAUAAAACUCUUCAUAUUUAUUACAAACAGUAAUAAAUAAAAAAUACCUUCUCUGCACAAAAGGUACCUUAAAUAAGUAAUACUGCAGAUGCACAAGAAACCACUGGGAAGUUAGGACAUGCCACCAGUGUGGUUUCACAGCGAGUUAUACAUAAUACAAAAGCCUUUUACCUUUAUGAUACCUGUGGCAGGUACUGUACAGGAUUUGACAUGAAAGAAGGCGACAGAAGAGCAUCGAUCCUCAGCCAAGGAAAAGACUUUGACGUUUGUAUUAUUCCAUCACACAGACUCAUGGGGCACCUGCUGUGCCUAAAACUCAGGUGCUUUCCCAGAUGCAGCCUAAUGGCUCUUUGCCUUCCCAAAAGGGGCCUCCGACGUUCCACCUCCAUCAAAGGAAGAGGGGACAUGCUUGACAGGGAGAGAAUUAAGUGAACAGCCCUACAAUACUUUGAAGAUGCAGAAGGCCAAGUUUUAGAGAGGAAAUGCAUUCCUUUGUGCAAAUAAAUAUGUGCCAUUGCAUUUGUUCGGUGUGGCAGCUCCAAAACAACCACCUGCUGCAGUGGAAGCUUUGAGCAGAUCGAAGUUCCUUUGUGGGCAAAGAAGGGUCAUUUUGUGCAUCUGCGGAGCCUGAGAAAACGCAGCCUGCAACACCUUGGCAAUUCAGUGCACCCACAAGGAAGCAGAUGACUAUCCUCCCCUGCAAGGUGCUGGCUUUCAAAAUAACAAUAAUUUAAUUUAAAAAAAUUACAGAGCCAUUUGUGACUGUCUACUGUAAUUAUUUUACAUGGAAAACAAGUUCAGUCCGGCCUCAACCAGGGGAAAACAGAAACAUCUACUAAUAGAGAAGAAACAAAGUUUAAUUUGCCCAUGGAUCACUGAAGUCCAGAAAUGUGCAUUCAUUUUGGGUGGACUCUGCCCCUUCUCUGCAUUUAAGAUUCAGGAGUAAGAGCCAGCAGACCUUUAAGAGGAAGCCAACCCUCGCAAUUUGUAUCCACUCCUGGCUUUACCGACUGCUGCCUCAGUAAUAAACAACCCAGAAGCUGAAUACAUCAAUAAAUAAAUAAGGCUAUUUUAAGAGGUGACAUGAACCUUGAAGAGUAUUUUGCGAGAACUGGCUAUAAAGGUUCCCUUGAAAAACAAGAUUUGGAAACACUCACCGACAUAUUCCAGCACCACAUCCGUGCUGUUCCCUUCGAAAACCUCAGCAUCCAUUGCGGGGAGAAAAUUACUUUGGAGUUUGAGCAGGUUUAUAACAAAAUCGUGCGGAGGAAGCGGGGUGGCUGGUGCAUGGAGAACAACCAGCUGUUGGGCUGGGUCCUGAAAUGCCUGGGGUACGACGCCAGCUUUCUGGGAGCGUACGUGUUCAACCCGCACCAAAACGCCUACGCCACCAUCAUGACCCACCUUCUUGUAAAGGUGGUCAUCGAUGGCAAAGCCUAUAUUGUUGACGGAGGCUUUGGUGUAUCCUACCAGAUGUGGCAACCGAUGGAGCUCGUGUCAGGGAAAGACCAGCCCCAAGCUCCCGGCGUCUUUCGCUUCACGGAAAAAAAUGCCAUCUGGUACCUUGAGAAAAUGAGGCGGAAACAAUACAUCCCCAAUCAAAAUUUCUCCAAUUCUGAUCUUCUGGAGAAAAAAGAGUGUCGGAAAGUUUAUAUGUUCAGCCUUGAGCCACGGACAGUGGAAGAUUUCCGUUUCCAGUGCACCUACCUGCAGACGUCUCCCGAUUCCCUCUUUACAAAGAAGUCCAUCUGCACUCUCCAGACCACCGAUGGCUUUCGAGCGCUAAUUGGGUGGACACUCACUGAGACCACAUACAACUACAAAGAAAAUAUGGAUCUGGUGGAAUUCGUAACUCUGGAAGAUGAAGAGGUGGAAAAAACCCUCAAAGAGAAAUUCAACAUAACCCUGGAUAGAAAACUUGUCCCAAUUAACGUCAAAGGAUUUUACACAAUCUAGAUGGCCAGAAAAAACCUACAAUAAUGCUAUGUAUGUGCAGUACCUUCCAGUCUGCACAAUCACUACUGUAAGAUUAUGGGAUUCUUUUGCAGGAGAUUGAAGGAAAAAUACAUUAGUACCAGAUUAAAGUGAAUUUCACUCUGGGAAAAAAUCAAGAAAUUUAAGACUCUUCUGUCAGGUAGAUAGAAUUAUUUGCUGUGAGAUGACUGCAGUUCAAUUUUUGGCACAAAUGUAGGAUCUGAUUUGAAUCUGGUUAUAAACUUGGGUAAUAAAUACGUCUGGGGAAUUUUGGAGUGCCUAUAGCACAUAAA